AUGAUGCAAGUCGGAACAAAUCAAUCAGCUACUUAUCAUAGUCAACCAGCCUUAUCUACAGCAGGUGGACAACCAGGCCGUUCGUCAUCCAAUUCUCGUCAACAACCACAACAAUCUCAGUACGAUACGGAUCAAUUAGCAAACAUUCGUCCUCGUCUUUGCGUUUUACGUAAAUGGCCACAUUAUGAUGGCUAUGGUGUUCAUCUAGCUCGAAAUCAACAUUGGCUUGGUUUACGAAUCGGCGAUGUUGAACCGAAUAGUCCAGCUGAAAGUGGUGGUUUAUUACGCGAGGAUGUUGUACUUGCUGUGAACGGUCACUCCGUAGAAAAUGACGAUUUCUUUGUUAUUCUAUCAUUUAUUCAACAUGAACUCGAAGGCGAUCAAAUUCGAUUUUUGGUACUCGAUCCUCAUAGUGCAGAUCUAGCUCGUCGACACAACUUAAAUAUUGAUGAAAACUAUCGAGGUUGUGUACGAAUGGAAACACCGACGUUAACAGUGAGUCCAGAAAAACUUCUCUAUGAUCAAUGGCGAACAACAAAUGCAGCUGAUCCAGCUGCUGCACAAACUACGAUUAAUCUUGGGCCAACGCUAUCAUUGAAUCCAGAUCAAGCUCCAACAAAUGCUCCGCGCUAUCGAGAAGCGUCUCCACGGGCAGGAGGUGAUGAUGUUUAUACGUUUUUACCAUAUUCAGAUCAUGCACUCGAGAACGGCAAGACAUUUUUCGAAAUCCUCUUCGAGCAGAGUCCCCAAUCUGCGACACAGUCCGAAUCAACCCCACGACGUCCAACAGAUGAUUCAUCAAAUCAAGCUCGCACCGGUGACAAUGAUAAUUCGGAAGACACACAUCAUGGUAGUCAUAUUAAAGAUGGUAUAAAAAACCUUGCGAAAACAGGUUUGGAGAAUAUUAAAUCGGUCAUACCAACGUUAUCUCACAGUGAGAAACACAAAUCUGAUAAGAAUGAUUCGAAACGUGGAAAUGACAGUGAACCAGCCGGUAGUUCUACAAAUCGAGCCGCAUCACCAUCGUUAGUCGACAAAAUCAAAGAUAAAUUAAAAAGAUCGCCCAGUCCUACGAGAACUGCCGGAAAAGAAAAGCAAUCGGAGCCAUACGAUCGCUUAUGGCAAUCAUCAUCACCAUCUGAGGCAGCACAGGACACCAAUAACAAUUUAGGACUUGGACCACGUAUGUGCUCAGUAACUCUUCGACCAGGUGAUUCAAUUGGAAUAUCAUUGCAACAAGACAAAGAUUUUAGUCAUAUUAUUAAGCAUGUGGAGCCCAAUUCAGCUGCUGAUUAUGCUGGUAUCGAACGAGAUGAUUGUAUCAUAUCAUUGAAUGAUAUUCCGCUACUCCAUGUUACGUAUCAAGAAGUCUUGAAUACACUUAAACGAUAUCGAAAUGAACCGAAUCUAGAUUUUCUCGUUGCGAAAAAAUCUUAUCUACUCAAAUCAAAUCAAAAUAAUACCGCGGCAGAAGUUCUCCCGUCGUCCAAUAUACCAUCAACAGUUCCACCUACUCAAGCCUUAGAACAACUUUUCAACAAAUAUAAUAAUGAACAAAACCCACCGUAUGAUCAGACCAACAGUUCUAAUCAAGUCAGAGAAACAGUUUCAACGUCAACACCAAAUGAUCGCCUAUCACCACAAUUUGAUAAUGAUCGAUAUUUAUCAAAGUCACAGCAAGGUCAAAUUCUGCACGGUGUUGGACCAGCGACAGCUGAUCAACCAUCUUGGGGUGUAUCGAGCGGAAAAUCAAAUGAUGAAGUUCCAUUGAGCGGUGAUUCAUCUAUUCGUUCCACAUCGCGUGAUCGACGACCAGAUGCUGAUGAAUCGAAAGGUCGUAACAGUUCAUUGGAUGGUUCAUUAAAACCUUUACAAGUUGGAAUUACCAAUCCAGCCGCCUCCCAACAAUCGGCAAAUACGACGCCUAAUCUUAACGAGAGUGCACAACGUACAUCGCGGCCAACUUCAUCCGAUGGACAGCGAGAGAGCUCACCAAGUUCAAAUACAAACCGUGGUGGUUCACGAGCAAACGAAACUCUCCAACACAUACCAGCUGCUGUACCUAUUACACCUGGACAGCCGUCAUCCACCAAACGUGAUUAUGAACAAGGAAGUACGCAGCCGGCUCCGUCCAGUCAAGCUGAUACUCAUCUCGGCCCGAAGAAAGCAAUGAGCAUUCCGAGUAAACCGCCUAAAGCUAACCCAUCGCUAACUGGUGGCUACACUGAUACUGAUGAUGAUGAUCUUUCUGACAUAUCAGAACGUUCGCGUGAAGAAGACACUUCUGAACCAAUCGCUAGCAAAAACGAUGGACAAUCAAAUGUAGCUAAUCUUUUAAAAAAGUCGAUGCCGGGAUUUGGAAGUGCAUACGAUUCAACAAAUCCCAAUUCCAAUCUCAGUAAUACCAAUCUACCAGUUGACUCAACAUAUCCAAUUCCGGAGCGACAAACUUCGGCGUCUUCAACGCCCGCACGAACGGUCGUAAAAGCUCGCCGUCUGGACAAAUCGGAUAGUGAAGACACCAUGUCCGAAAGUGAACGUUCAUACCUUCCAUCGAAAUCUGCUACACCUGUGAAAACGACUGUACAAGCUCGUCGUUUAGAAAAAACUGAUAGUGACGAUCCUAGAGUAGAUGCCGAGAAAUUAAUUAAUACUAGACAAGUUGUUCAAGCACGGCGUUUAGAGAAAGCAGAUAGUGAUGAAAACAUCUCUACUGCUGAUUCUCUUGUCACAAAGCCAUCUGCUGAUUCGUUUUACUCUCCAAUUGAAUCGAAUGAUGAUGAAACCGAUGCAGACGAACGACCGGGAAAGUCAUGGCGUCAACAGGAAAAGAAUAACAAUGUACCAGAGAAAACUGCUGAUGAAAAACUCAAUGAAUUGCUGACCAAAUCUGCAAAUUUACAAGCGAAACAGCAAAGCAUUGACACUAAGAAUAACAAUGUGAAAGCAGCAGAAGAAUCUGAUGAGGACAAUGGUGCCAGUUCAUCAGAAGAAGGCUCAAUAGAGAGUCAAAAGACACCAAUGCAAUUAGGAACCAUGGCGCUCGCUACCAUGUCGCUAUCACAAUUAAAAGAGCAAGGUUAUGAAUUACAUAACAUUCAACUGAUGCAGCCAACUGAAACAAGCCCCGUGGGUUUAAAGCUAACAAAACAACAAGAGCCACUGCAAUAUAUUAUCACAGCGGUUGCCAAAGGAACAAAAGCUGAUCUGGCCGGUCUUCGAAUUGAUGACUGGCUUAUUAAAAUCGAUGAUAAAGAUAUUCGUCUGACCGAAUUUUCGGAAGUGUCGCACGAAAUUCGUCAAUUAUUAACAAAUGCUGGUUUAAUCAAUUUAGUUAUAGCUAGAAAAAAAUCACCAACAUCAUCGCCAGCGAUCAAACAAGUCGAAACUCAACGAUCGCCAGCUGUAUCCUCGUCAUCACCACAAACCGAUUCAUUUUACCGUCAACCAAAAAAUCUAAAUGCUCAAUCAUUACUAACCACCGAUAUCACGCGAGAUACGCCGGAUAGUAGCCAAGUUCGUUUCAUGGCAGAUCAAUCUCAGAAUACAACAACUGUUCGUGCCCAACGCUUGUCGGCACCUGGCCGUGAAAAUGCUUCCAAUGCGCCUGGUGCUCCUUUAUCUGUUGGCAUAACAAAUCCAAUAUCGGACGAAAGUGCAACACGAUCUCCACGAUCGCACAGUAGUUCACCGAGUCGUUCUCCAACACGAGAAUUCCCGGUUAAUCGACAACAAAAAGCAUCGUUAACUGAGCAGCCAUCGGAGGUCAUCGAUCCAAAUGAAAUUCGUCAAAUUGUUUUGAAAGAAGCGAUAGGCUUGGAUUUUAAUUCAUUCAUUCCAGACGGCGAGAGCAACACUCAAACACACUUUAUUAGUAACGUUCAGGCAUCAUCCAUGGCUGAUAAAGCCGGUUUACGUGAUGGAGAUCGUAUCUUAACAGUCAACGGCGUCGAUGUUCGAAAUGCUGUACAUGAAGAUGUUCGUCAAAUGAUGCAGAACAAAAAGCCGUUACAACUAACUGUUGUCAAUGAUCCCAAAUAUUUGGAAUUAAUCGAAAGUGUCAAACGAAAUCAAUCGAAAUCAGAAGGUACACUGGAUAAGAAUAAUGCGCCACCACCCGACUACGAAACACUAAAGCGCACGAUGACGAGUAGUUUGAGUGAACCCACUAGUCGUAGUCGAACAUCACCAAAAAAGUCGUCGGAUGAUACUACCAAUAGUUCAAGCAACAUUCGUUCAAAAGAUGAUUUAUCGAAAAAUUUAAACACAUUAUUCACCGAUAAUAAUGGUGCCGUUCAAGUCAAGCAUUGUCUUUUGAAAAAAGAACCAAACUAUAAUGGUUACGGACUUCUCUUGCGUUACCAGAAUGGUCUUCAUUUGAUUGACCAAGUUGAACAAGAUUCUCCUGCUUACAAUUCAGGUUUACGCGAAGACGAUGUGAUUCUCUUCGUCGAUCAAAAGAAUGUCGAACAAAUGACACAUGAUGAUGUGAAAAUUCUCAUUCGCAAAUUAUCGCUCUCGAAUACGGAUAUCGACUUAAUAUUAAUCCGCAAGAGCGAUAUGCAACGAUACAAAACCUAUCAAGAAAAAAAUACUUUAAAUUGGCAAGGAAUCUUCGAUCAUGAAUUACCUGCUGAACCUCGAAAAAUUGACCAACAAGAAACUAAGAAUCUACGUCCGAUAAACGAUCCAGUCACCGUUCCACGUCAAGGCUCAACUUCAUCGAGUAAGCAAUCUGCACCAGCACCGCCCUCGUCAGCGUCCGAAUCUUCUACGCGUAUUUGUACUCUAAUUCCAUCGCCCGAACGUACAGCUGGCUUUGCGCUUAGUGGUACAGCUCCUCCGCCAUACGUUAUCUGUCAAAUUGAAAAGGGCUCUCCAGCGGAAAAAGCUGGUCUACUUCUUAAUGAUACGCUCCUAUCGAUCAAUGGUAAAUCUGUUGUGGAAUCCGAGUACAAAGAUACAGUCAAACUAAUCAAAGAAGCGUUGCAACAAAAGAGCGUGGAACUUGUCGUUCGAGGACAAUCAACAAGUCAAUCGCGAACAAAAAGCAAUAGUCAAUCAUCAAUGCCUGAUCCAAGAAAUUCAUCAUUGGGUAGUUACGAUAACAACAAUGCAGGUAAUAGUGGCAGUGUCGGACCUGAAUCCAGUACUCGCGGUGCAAAUGCUGUUGAAGAAUAUCAAAAUCGAGACAAAUCUUCCUCCUCCGUCGGCGCCGGCAGCAGCAAACAGCGAAAUAAAGAACUUUCCUAUUCAUUGCGUCUUUGUCAUUUACAUCCAACAAAUGGCGAUGGAACACAAGCGGCAACAUUCGGUUUUGAAUUAAGUGAAGAACCCGAUUAUGAAUAUCCAUUGAUAUUACGUGUCGAACCGCACUCGUCAGCCGAAGGCGCUGGUUUACAAUCACGGGAUAUUCUACUGAAAAUCAAUGACAAGAAAACCAAAGGUCUUGUCUAUGAAAAGGUGAAGAAAGAAAUCGAAAAAGCCAAACGUGAUGGCCGAUUGGAAAUGCUUGUGGUUGAUCAAGAAACGUUCGAUUAUUGUAAACGAACAAAGAAGCCAAUGAAAGAGCCCGAAUUGAAAGUCAAACAUAUUUUUCCGAAAAGUAGGUCAUCAGCAAGUUUCCACAAACUACCUCUACUUCAAACAACGACGACAGCGUCUUCCUUAUCAUCACGAGAUAGUUUAGAACAGUUAAAUAAUAGUAUAACGAAACAUGAUGAGAACAGCGCAUCCCAUCAGCGGUUACCUGUUGGAUUCGGUCUCACAACAUCGAGAGAGACCGAUUCGGAGAAUGAAGAAGAGGAACAACAACCAAAUCAGAGAGGACGAAAUGCACCAGCUAAAACUGUACCAUCAAUACCACCAGUAAAGUUUGAUUUGAACACACCAACGUCAUCGCUAAAUACGCCUUCCCAACGUCAGCAUCAGCCUGAAUCAUCACCGUUGAAAUUUCUUGAUCCAGCACAAACUAGCGCACAACGCUCGAGUAUUACCUCAACGAGUAGUCAAAAUGGAGCGAAUCUCUCACGAUCAGCUACAUCACUGAAUCAAACCUCAUCAAAAGAUUCGAAAGGAUCAAAAACCAAAGCUAUACCACAUGCAAUCAAUAAUUUAUUUCACAAAUUCGGACACUCCAAAUCAUCAAAACCAGAAAAUGAUGUUCUUGCACGAACAACAACGAGUACCAAAGGUCGUGCCCCGUCACCACCUACAUCUCGCUAUGGAUCCACACGAUUGGAUAAUCCAUAUGCAUCUCAAUCAUUUGAUACAGUUAACAGCAAUACAACGAGUGUUUUACCUGCUUCAUCUAUUCAAGAUACUGUUCGUUCAACUGUAUCAACCGGCUCGUUUGACUAUCUUCGAGGCCCACGUCGAUGUGUAAUCAAAGUCGAUCGUAAGAAAGGCUUGGGCUUUGUUCUGAGCGCUACUGGUGACUACGACCAUACGAUCACUGAUGUCGAAAAGUACUCAGCUGCAGAUACCGCUGGCCUACAAGUCAAUGAUGAAGUUCUGGAAGUUGAUGGCGUCGAUGUCAGAAAUGUGACACAUGAACAAGUCGUCGACAUGGUCGUUUCAGCAAUGCGAACAAAUGAAUCAAUCGAACUACGUGUUAUUGAAGGCCAUGCUCGAGGUGCUUAUCCAUCAACAGUCGAUAACGAGAAGCAAACCAAUACGAAUAACAAUAAUAACAUCGUUCCAACUUCAACGAUACACUCACAACGAACAACAGCAGUGUUGUCGGAUGAUCUGUCGGAUAUCAAUAGUUCGGUUAGUCCAUUUGAUAGUAUCAAUCAACAAAAAAUAGCGACAAGUUAUCCAAAUUUGCCUGGCCAAUUGAGACAAAUUGAUGGCUUUACCAGUCGAGCUCUGAGUGGAAGUGUUCCUGCGUUAGCUACCGGAAUUACCGCUUCGCCGGGUGUCCUUCAUCAUCCAAAGAGUAUUUCAAUUUCAUCUGAAAAAGGUUCAAUAACUAAAUUAUCAGAUAUAUCUUCCCAAGAUGCGCCUGUUGCUCGUCUUUGUCGUGUCCGAAAAUUUGCGACGUCACCUUUCUACGGCUUUUUCCUAUGCGGUGAUCCGAAAAAACUCGGUCGAGUCUUCAUUUCCGAUGUAACAAAACAUUCGCCAGCUGCUGUUUGUGGUCUACGUGAUGGCGAUCGAAUUAUUGAAGUAAACGGUACAACAGUUCAGGCAUUAACAUACGAAACGAUUCUGGAUAAGAUCAAGCAGCACAUGGCACGUGAUGAUCUCGAAUUGUUAGUACUGGAUAAAAAGUCGGUUCACUGGUAUCGAGAAAGAAAUUAUCCGAUCACCUCACGAACAUUACCAACCAUUGUGCAUAUUGAACCGAUUAUCAAUGAAACAACUUCGGAGAUACAAUCUUCGGAAGUACCAUCAACGCAAACUAGAAUGGUUGGAUUUGCAGAUCGACGAGUAUCAAAAACGGGUCUCUAA